AUGAACAGGCAACAUGCUCUUAUAUUCAUUGCAAUGACAAUAAUGGUAGAUAAUGUCUAUGGUAGUUGUUUACAAGUUAAAAUACUUUCAGCUCAUUCAGUAUUCGAUAAAACACAAGAUGUGGCAGUGGAAGUACAAUAUAAUAAUACUAGUAAUUACACAAUAUCGAUUUAUAAAUGGUGUUUACCAAACAAUGAAUUAAAUGAUCCAUUAUUCAAAGUAACUUCUAAUAAUGUUCCAGUUAAUUAUAUUGGUCCACUUGUCAAACGACGUGAACCAACUAUUGAAGAUAUGAUCCCUCUAGAACCUGGUAAAACAAAAAUCAUUCAAGCUCGAUUAUCAUCAGCAUAUGAUAUGACUAUGACUGGUAUAUAUUCAAUUCAAUAUGAUAUGCCAACUGAACGUGUUGUCUUCAAACAUGCUCGAACAUUCGAGAAUGUCCUUUUUAGGACUAUUAGUAAACGUCAUUCUGGUCUCGAGUCAAACAAUAUUCAGUUGAUCAUCGAAGGUCGUUCAAAUAUUCAGCGUGAACAAAAUAAAAAUAUGAAUGUGAUUAGAAGAGCAGCUACUCUUUCAUAUGUUUCUUGUUCAAUAACCCAGAAAUCUCAAAUAACCGCUGCAGUCUCUUGGGCUCUUCAGUAUGCUGAUAAUUCUUUCAAUUAUUUGAAUAAGACGAAACCUAGUGGAAGAAGUCGCUAUAAGACUUGGUUUGGUAGAUUUAUGUGUUGA